AAUCAAAAGGGUGAGGGCAGAGCUGCUGUAGGACAGCCGGGAGUGUGGCCACGGCCACCACGGGGCUUUGCAGAGGGAAAUGUCACCUCCUCCAUCCCCAGAGCAGGGAGAAAGGGUGGCAGGGACCGGCUGCGGGCGGAAGAGGAAGCGGAGGCUGCGCUCUGCCAUUGCCGGGGUUUGUGGGGCGCAGAAAGGAGCCCGAGGUGUUGGUGUUUAAUCCAAUAAUAUCAUCAGUACCCGGGGAGUGCGGGACUGUGCCACAGCACCCGCACAAAUCCCAGUCCACCCUCGGGAUGAGGAAUUUGGGGACCACGAGCUGCGUCCUCUGGCAUUUCCCCUCCCACCACAGCCAAACCCCACAGCCCCGGGGGACCCCCCUGAGGCACCCCGGUAUCCCCAUCCAGGACCCCGGCGGGAUGGGGACCUGUGGAUCCAGGGAAGGAGUUUCAGUGGCUCGGGAAGGGGCCACAAAACAAAACUCGCCCAUAAAUCAGGGCUGGGAGCAGCCGGGGCGCGAUGGGCGCUGCCAGGGCUGCUCCUCGGGGAUGCGGGCUGGCUGCAGCCCGUCCCUGCGGCUGCCUCUGCCAGGGAUGCAGAGAGCCGGGCCCUCCCCGCCCUCCUCCUCCUCCUCCUCCUCCCCGGGGCGGAGGAAGGCAGCGCCCGCAGCUGGCACUGCAGGCGGCGGCCGGGGGAAGCGGCUGCUCCGGGGAAUCUGAUUUCCAGCCCUGUUUAUUAAUAACCCCUCUCCGCCCCAUGCUAAGCCCAUGUGCAGCGCAGAGCCGGCGGCGCUGGGCUCCGGGGGAGGAAGGGACCUGAUGGCACAGCCCGAGCCUCCUCCAGAGCUGCCGCUGGAUGAAGCCGGAGCAUCCCCAGCCCCACAAGGAGCUGCUCCUCACCCAGAGCAUCCUCACACCCCGCUGGAGCCAGCGGGGAGCGGAUCUAAACCCCUGCACAGGGACAGCCCAGGCUCCAGCCGGGAGCUGCAGGCUGCCAGCAGGGAUCCUGCCUUGGAGAAAAAGGCACCGGGGACCCGGGUGGGUGAGGAUGCAGCCGGGGCUGGGAUCCCCCUGGAUGUGGAUGUGGCAGGAAUCCCGCUGGACGUGGAUGCAGACGGGACAGGAAUCCCCCUGGACAUGGAUGCAGAUGGAGUAGAGCUUCCACUGGACGUGGAUGAAGGUGGGACAGGGAUCCCAGGGGAUGAGGAUGCAGCAGGAGCCCCUCUGGAUGUGGAUGAAGGUGGGACAGGGAUCCCGGAGGAUGAGGAUGGAGCAGGAGUCCCGCUGGACGUGGAUGAAGGUGGGACAGGGAUCCCGGAGGAUGAGGAUGCAGCAGGAGUCCCGCUGGACGUGGAUGAAGGUGGGACAGGCAUCCCACUGGCCAUGGACACAGACAGGGCAGGGAUCCCACUGGACAUGGACACGGAGGGAGCAGGCAGCCCUCUGGAUGCUGACGCCACAGAGCACCAGUGCCUGACCCUGGAGGAGCUGGGGAAUUAUUUCCAGGAGUGCAUUGAGAUCGUGGAGCAGCUGGAGAGGGAGCGGGACAGCCUGAUCGCCGAGCUGGCCCAGCUGCGGGAGCCAGCGCUGCAGGAGAUCCGCCAUGCCCACGAGGAGAUCCAGGCCGCCUGCAGGCUGCUGGCCAAGGUGGAGCUGGAGAGGGACAACCUGCGGGAUGAAAUCAGGCAGAUCAAGCAGAAACUCUUCAGGGUGACCAAGGAAUGCGUGGCCUGCCAGUACCAGCUGGAGAGCCGCCGGCACGACCUCUCCCAGCACGCCGCCUACCAGGGCGAGCUGGAGAGCCAGGCCGGGCAGCUCUCGGGGGAGCUGUCCCAGCUGAAGGAGACCUGCGAGAAGGAGAAGGAAGUCCUGAGGCAGCGCCUGGAGGCUCCUCCCUGCCGCCAGGACAACCUGUACCUGCAGGAGAGCCGCCGGCUCUCGGCUGAGUUCGAGAGCUUCGUGGCCGAGAGCCGGCGGGGGCUGGAGGAGCACUACGAGCCGCAGCUGCUGCGGCUGCUGGAGCGGCGCGAGGCCGGGGCCAAGGCGCUGCAGGAGAUGCAGGGGGAGAUCCAGGGCAUGAAGGAAGCCCUGAGGCCUUUGCAGGGUGAGGCCAGCCGGCUGAGGCUGCAGAACCGCAGCCUGGAGGAGCAGAUCGUGCUGGUCAAGCAGAAGAGGGAUGAGGAGGUCGGGCAGUACCGGGAGCAGGUGGAGGAGCUGGAGGACAGGCUGAAGGAGCUCAAGAACGGGGUCCAGCUCCAGCAGCGCAAGAACCAGGAGCUGGAGGAGCUCAGGACCAGCCUCCACCGGGAGCUCUCCAUCUACAAGAGCUGCUUAGAAAUCUACGGCCACCUCUGCAAAUCAGAGGAAAAAGCAGAGCAGGACUGUUAGGACCACAGAAUUUUCCUCUUUGUAGCAAAAAGCAGAGGACAGAGGAUUCAAGGGAUGCCUCCUCAUUCUGCUUUACUCCAGCAGCUGCCUGGAGCUGGGAAUUCCAAUCCUUCCCCUGGGUAUUGCUGCUGCUCCUGGAGUAAAACUGCUUUUCCCCAGAGGAGCAGAGCAAAUCAUCUUUAUACUGGACAAUGGAUAAGGAUGAGGAAGAACUGAGUGAUGUUUUGCCGUGUUUGGGAAAAUGUUGUCUUGUUCCAGAUUGUUUAAGCCUGCACAGAAAGUUCUGGGAGCUGUUGUUGGGGGGGGGUUUGACUUUUAAAGUUUACAUGCAAGAGAAGCUUUCUCCUUUGAAGAGGAUUUUCUUUUGUAUUUCAAGAGUUUCUGCUGUACUGGGACGUGCUCCACAGAAAGGAGGUGGUGGGGAAGAGGUUUCCACUUUAUAUCGAGUCUCACACUGAAAAUAAAAGGUCAGAGUUUAAGGAGCCUUUUCACUCUCAGAGCUGCGUCUCAAAAAGCCCAAAUUCGUCUGCCAAACCGAGGUGUUUGUAUCAAAUUCGUGCUCCAGGAUAACAAAAAAACAAUUGUGGAAAGGGCUGAAGGCAGAGUUAAGAUGCAGACAGCAGCAGGGCUGGAGGGGAAGAACAAUUCAGUCAUUUGUGGCUGCUCAGGGGUUCAAGUGCUCAUUAAUUUAUUUCACAACGCUGCAGAAAUGAGAGGGGCAGAAAUAACAAUUUGAUGCCUUAAAAAUUAAAAAAUAUCUCUGCCAGCACCCAACCACACAGGCAGAGACCACAUUCAAACACCCUCAACAGAGCAGCAAAGGCAGAAACAGCACAGAACUCCCCAGAGUUGGCAGUUUACGUAGAAAAACUUUAUUCCAACUGAAGGACUUACACGCAAUUAGUCAUGAGGAGAUGGAGAGUAACAGGCUGCUGGUGGCACUGGGCACCCGAGUGGAAGACGAGCAGGACCUUGUGGUCAAGGACUAAACUCCCAAAAAAAAGUGAUUUAUCCACAUUUUUCCUUUGUUUUCCACCAGCUGCCAAGGCUGUUGAGGGCACCGGGGUCAUCCGUUGGUACAAACAAACACCUUUUACAACUUGAGGGCUCCCCCAAGUUUUAAAAAACCAUUUCACAGAAAGGAAAGAAACAUUAUGUGAAAACACAGCUUGAGAAACACACAACAGAGCAAAAAAAACAUGGGAGGUGAGGGAGG